GGAAGUGCGUAGUUCGCCCUAGCUAGCUUGAAAGAAGUGCUCGAGGUGGAGGCAGUGAGCCUGCGAAGGAAAAACAAGCGAGGACAGGUCGGGCGCUACAUGCCCAGCCCGUGUUUUAAAAGAAGGAAAAUUAGUCAAAGUGGAGGAUAUGUGGAUGUGAGUGAGGUUUUCGUCACUUUCACGCGGGCUCAGUUACUUAUUGUUUGGCUCUCGGGCUGUGGCUGUGGCGUGUCGCUGUUUGCCCAUUCUCACUGGAGUGAACACUAAGGAGGACUCCAUGAAAGAUGACAGAGGAGGUGAUUGUUGUAGCCAAGUGGGACUACAUAGCCCAGCAGGACCAGGAACUUGACAUCCGUAAAAACGAGCGCCUCUACCUCCUCGACGACUCGAAGACGUGGUGGCGCGUCCGCAACACCGCCAACCAGACGGGCUACGUGCCGUCGAACUACGUGGAGCGCAAGAACAGCCUGAAGAAAGGCUCUCUGGUGAAGAACAUCAAAGACACCCUGGGUUUGGGGAAGGGUAAGAGGAAGACAAGUGCGCGCGAUGCCUCCCCUACGCCGAGCUCAGACACAGAGUACCCUUCCAAUGGCAGCGGGGGUGGAGGUGUGGUCAGCGCCGCGGAGAGGAUCUAUGACCUCAACAUCCCUGCUGUGGUCAAGUUUGCGUACACAGCAGAGAGAGAAGAUGAGCUAACUCUGCUCAAAGGCUCCAGGGUGGUCGUCAUGGAGAAGUGCAGCGACGGCUGGUGGCGUGGCAGUCAGGCCGGCCGCGUCGGCUGGUUCCCCUCCAAUUACGUCCAGGAGGAGCUCAUGGGAGUGGAUGACGGAGACGGGGAUUCCCCGCGGGCUUACCUCAGCGGGACUCUGCUGGCCAACGGCCGCGCCGGCGGCCGAGGCGUCGUCCUCCACCUGGUCCAAACGCUCUACCCCUUCAGCUCGACGACCGAGGAGGAGCUGAACUUUGAAAAGGGAGAAAUCAUGGAGGUGAUAGAGAAGCCGGAGAACGACCCAGAGUGGUGGAGGUGUAAGAACUCUCGUGGCAUCGUGGGCCUGGUGCCUAAGAACUAUGUGGUGGUAAUGGACGAGCGACCCGGCCCGCCCUCCACCACGUCGGGCUCCCCUCAGAGCCGCUAUGUGGGACCGGCGCGCUCGGGGAGGUUCGCCGGCAGGGACUGGUACUACGGCAACAUCACCAGACACGAGGCCGAGUGCAUACUCAACGAGCGGGGAGAGGAGGGCGACUUCCUCAUACGAGACAGCGAGUCAUCGCCCAGUGAUUUCUCCGUGUCCCUGAAGGCGGUGGAGAAAAACAAGCACUUUAAAGUGCAGCUGUCAGACGGGGUGUACUGCAUCGGCCAGCGCCGGUUCCACUCCAUGGACGAACUAGUGGAGCAUUACAAGAAGGCCCCCAUCUACACAAGCGAUCACGGAGAGAAGCUGUACCUGGUGAAGGCGCUGCUGUGAUCUACACAUCUACACUGGAUCUCUCUCAUACAAACACACACACACACACACACACACACGAUCCCCGACUGUCUUAACCCAAGCCUUAGCUCUGGACCCCUCCCGCUGUGGCGUCUGUACCACAUCUAGAUCCUCAGAUCUCCUGGAUUUUUUUUCCAAGCAAAAACCAGACGAACUUUUUUUUUUUUUUUUUCCUAGCUCGUUUUUUUGCAGACGACCCUCAGACAGCCAUCACUGAGCCACACGGCGAACACAGCGUGUACCGAGCCUCUAUUACCUUGGAUGUGCUAACAUGCAGUGACCACAUUUUGCUGCUAACAGAACGCCCGAGGCCUUGUCGGGGGGUUGAGCGCUCCCUCUGAUGUCAUACGUAACGUCUACUUACUAGCACGCACAUUGUAAGUUCCACCGUUGCUCUUAACUCACCCAGGACAGAACCGACGUUCUUACCGGUUCAGAGAUGGACUCGGACCUCAGUGGGACCUAACUCUGUCACGUCUAAUCGCAGCCCACGUUUCAUUUUAGUCCAUCGCGACCCACUUGUUAGUGAACUCACGUUGUUGUUGUUAUUUUUUUUUAAAGCCUAUUUAAAUUUGUUCAAGUUUUGUAGUUACUUUUUCACAAAGUGACCAGAAUCACUUUUGCCUUUUUUUUUUUUCUUCAAAUUUUCACCAUUCCUCCACCCACUUGUUUUUGUUUUUUUUUUUUUAACGCCACUUUUUUCUGUUUCUGCCGAACAGUCAAUUGCUAGUGAUACUUUAAAUGUGGACAACAACACUCACUGUAGUAUUUCUACCAGGCGGUGCAAUAGAGGAGACCUCAGAGUUCCUGUAGAGUUUGAAUGUUGAUCCAUGUAACCAAACGUGCCACCCUGUACCCGUUUACUACUGGCUCCAGGUCUGCACUGCACUCUCAGAUUAACCCACGGCUCAGUGCUCAUGCUUUAUAUUGUGUCGAGUUGAACGUGUUAUUACCGUUCUGUUCUCCAGUACGUGUCUGUAGCUACAUGAGGAAGAACAACAAUAAAAUCUUUUUUUGUUUGUUUGUUUGUUUUGGGAAGGCUUCCUGAGUAACUACACUGUUUCUGUAAUGGCGAUGCUGUUUGGGGGGGAAAAAAGAAGGAAAGAAAGAAAGUACCUCUUCUGAUGGUAUCUUUGUGAUUACAAAUAACUUUGCAGGAAAUGUAUAUUGAUGACUAAUCAGUAAUUAAAUGAAACCCCUAUUUGAACAGAAGUCUAUUUAGGGAUGGGUAUUUUAGAGCUCUAUCUUUAUAAAUCAAAGGAAUUUCAUAUAUUAGCACCUCCAAAAACAGUUUUUUUUUUUUUUAAUUCCUUCCCAAAAGGUUAACCCCUGGUUAGCGGCUACUUCAGCUCUGUUAGGCCUGAAUAUUUAAAACUAGUUAAGACAUAUUAAAGUCGCAGACACCUGAUUGUAAAAUUAGUGUCGAUUUGCUGUAUUUAGACAUUCUGGAUGCUUCUCAUUUAUUGGCACCGCUGCUUAAGAUGUGUAAAAAGGAAAAUAAAUCAUCUUUCAAAGGUGAGGGUUUAUUUUUACCUCACUUACUAUCCCACUAGGUGUGACUGAUGGAGAUGAACUCUUGCCCCUCAUGUCUUUGUGUUUGUCAUGGUUCGUUUUUUUUUUAUCACUUCUCUCAGUCUCUCUAUGGUCACAUUUUGGUGAGUGGCUUUUUGGUUAUUUGUUGCAUCCUUUUUAUGACUUAUCUGAUCAACACACAUCUACUUUAAUGAAGUGACAUGUUUUCUUGUCUUUCCUAUUUUGAAGUAAGAGAAAUAGUCAUUAUCCCCACUGGAAACAUGAAAUCUUCACUUGGUUAUUAAAAGCUUAUCGACACUGAGAUCAAGACAGGAAAACCUUGACUACACUUUAAAAUUUCUAUUUAUUUCAUAAGAAAUGUUGAAGCUGUUUUUUUUUUUUUUUGGCACAGGUGAUGUUCAGCAAAAAAUGUGUUUUACUGAGGGAUUUUUUUUAUUAUUAUUACUAUUAUUUAUCCGCAGAAUAAGAAGUUCAAAUGCUUUCUUGUCUUUCUCAUUUGGAAGAGUGGCUAAAAAAAAAAUUAGGCCUCUGUAUCAUAAUUUGACCAAUGGAAAAUGUUUCUGGAUGCACAGAUAAGGGGAAAAAAAAAAAAAACAUUAAAAAGUUCUAAUCGUUUUUUAGUAGAUUUUGCUGUGAUAAGAUUAAUAUUCUGUUCUACACAUCUUUAACAGAGGGCCCAAUAACUGUAUUUUACAGGCAUAGCAGAUUAAAACCCUGGUUUAGCUUGUAUUCAGUUGAAAUAAAUCCUCCUUCGUUGUAAAGACACCAAAUACGCCACCAUCUGACUUGCAUCCAGAAAUCUACCGACGCCAAACGUCCCCUCCCCCCGAUUCUGUGCAUUUGUUUACCAAUGGAAGUGUUGAUCACGGGGUCCUCAGCUUUUAUAUGAUGUAUCUGAAUGUUAUUGAGCACUGUUAUUUAAUUCCUGUCUCCACUGUAUGUAAAUAUAUUCAAAUAAGAAGAGGUGCAUAUAUGAAUCAUUAAGAUCCAACCUACGGUACUGUAUCACCGACGACGUGAUGAGAAUUCAGAUACUUUUGUUCAAUAAAAAAUUUUUGACAGACA